AUGGACGCGUACGAUAUUUUCAAGAAAUUAACUAAAGGCCUAACAUUCAAACGCAAGGUUUUGGGCGUUAAAAACAAUGAUCCAUCUCCAACACUUCAACAAAUAAAAAAGGAAGAAAUAAAGACAGAAAAAAGUGAGGAAGACAUUAAAUAUGAAAGUUUAUCAGACCCUGAAAAUACAGAUCAUGAUGAUAAUUCCAAUGAUGAUGAAGAAUUGCAAUUAGUAGAAGGUGUCAAAGUCGGAGAGAAGAGAAAGAAAAGAAGAAAAGAGAAACCUAUUGAUCUGAAAAAGAAAUUGGAGUUAGAGGAGCAAAACCACUUCCGCAACCUCCAUGGCAUCAAAGCAAUCGGGCGUCACAUUCCAGCCGCACUGCAAGACUUCUCCGACCUCACGUCACGAUACAAUGUUAGCGCAGCAUUAGUGGACACUGUGGGUAGAUGUGGAUACAGUGAGCCUACGCCAAUUCAGAGGCAGGCUUUGCCUUGUAUGUUAGAGGACCGCCAGAUCCUAGCUUGUGCCCCAACAGGCUCAGGCAAGACAGCGGCAUUCCUGCUCCCGUUGAUCCACACCCUAGGCGCAGCCCAGGGCGGCCCUAGAGCCCUUAUUCUCUGCCCCACGAGAGAGCUGGCUCACCAGAUUUACAGGGAAGCAUUGAGACUUAGCACCAGCUCCGAGUUGAGGUGUAGUGUAUUGAGAAAUAUGAAAGAAAGCAAGGUCAAGGAACGUGAGGCUACUAUUAGAAAGAGUGAUAUAAUAAUAAGUACACCAAACAGAUUGUGUUACUUACUGAAUAGAGACAACGUUGGAAUCACUUUGGAGAAAGUACGUUGGUUAAUAAUUGACGAGGCAGACAAGCUCUUCGAAGGCUCGGCUGAGCAAGAAUCAGACUUCAGACAGCAGCUGGAACAAAUAAUGGGUGCGUGCGGCAGCCAGCAGCGGCGCGUGGCCAUGUUCAGCGCCACCCAUACGCCCAACGUAGCCAAAUGGUGUCGCCACAAUAUGAGAGGGUUGAUUAACAUUACCAUUGGGCAAAGCCAGAGCAUUACUGCGUUCCAGUUUGGAAGGCGUGACAACGUGGUCCGCAGCUUCCGCGUCGGCCGCAUCUGGGUGCUCAUCUGCACGGAGCUGAUGGGGCGCGGCAUCGACUUCCGAGGUGUAAACCUCGUCAUCAACUACGACUUCCCACCAUCCGCCAUAUCGUAUAUCCACAGAGUGGGCCGCGCCGGACGCGCCGGGCAGCGGGGCCGAGCGAUCACGUUCUUCACGCAGGACGACGCGGUCAACCUGCGCAGCAUCGCCGCCGUCAUGAAGCAGUCCGGCUGCGAGGUGCCCGACUACAUGCUCAAGCUGAAGCUGAACAGGAACAAACAGAAGAAACGUGCCAGCAAAGCCCCCAGCAGGGAUAACAUCUCUACCAUAUUGGAGAAGCCGCAGAAGAGAAAAUUAAAUGAGAAAGAUUCAAAUCAAAAUGAAAAGGCAAAAGAUACGGACACUGUAAAAAAUGGUAUGAAGAAAAAACACAGGAAAAUACAAAAUGGUACCACAACGAAGACAAAAAAUCAAAAUGGCGUUCAGAUUGGUCAAAACGCAAAGAAGAGUCUCAAGAAAACGAAAAGCAAAGUUUUAGCCAAAAAAGUAAUAAAACGGUGGUCCACGGGCAAGAAGUGGAUAUAG